AUGCCUCCAGAAGAUUCAGUCCAUGACACACAGAGAGUGCCUAGCAGCCCUGAAGCUCAGGUGCUGUGCAAUGAUCACACUAAUGUCCCGAUCAAUACCAGUGGCCCGAUGAUUGCCGAUGACUUCAGUGACGAAGGAGAGUUUGAGAGCGAGGAUUCCGAUAUCACUUCUCUCUCAUCCAGUGUACUAGAUUAUGAAUAUGAAAAUGGUCGACGAUAUCACAGCAGCCGAACUGGCCAGUAUAUGAUGCCGAAUGAUGAAGAAGAGCAAGAUCGUAUGGACUUGACACAUCAUAUAUGGCUCAUGUUAAUGAAGGGUGAGCUAUACAAAGCUCCAAUCACAAACCCUCAGAAGAUUCUCGACCUCGGCACCGGCACCGGCAUAUGGGCUCUUGAUAUUGCCGAGAAGUUCCCAGCAGCAAAAGUAAUCGGCAACGAUAUCAGUGCCAUCCAACCGAGCUGGGUGGCGCCUAAUGUGGAGUUCAUUGCCGAGGACUUCGAAAGCGAAUGGCUCUACAAGAAAGACAGCUUCGAUUUUGUACACGCGCGAUUACUCGCAGGAUGUGUAGCCGACUGGUCCCAUUUCUUCAGUCAGGUCUUCGAACACGUCAAACCAGGCGGGUAUUUCGAGAUUCAAGAAAGUGCCGUUUGGGCCUGGAGUGACGAUGGCACACUGAGGGCCGAUUCGCCUCUUUUCCAAUAUGUGCAGGCCCUCGAUGCAGCAGGUCGGGCGAUGGGGCGCGAGCUCAAUAUUUAUUAUAAACUGAAGGAGUGGAUGAUCGAUGCUGGCUUCGAAGAUGUUCAGCAGUUCACUUAUCUUCUGCCAUACUCGCCUUGGCCACGGGAUCCCUAUCUCAAAGAGAUUGGGAAGUACCAGGCUGUUAUGGUUCAGGAAGCUGUUGAGUCUUAUGGGCUGAGGCUUUGUACUCAGGUUCUUGGUUGGGGUGCUGAGCCGGCUCGUGUUUUCCAGGCUUUGGUCAAGAAGCAGCUCAAGGAUAAGCAUUUGCAUUCUUAUGUUAAAGAAGUGGUUGUGUACGGAAGGAAGCCGUUGAACGGGUGA